GCUCAUUUUGACAGUUGGCCACGAAAAUGGCCACUGUACGGGCAUUUAGUAGAAAUAUACCGUAUCUUCGUCAACAAUUUGGGGCAUUAUUAGGCAAUACAAGUACAACAGUUAAAUCAAUAUGUGUUGUGGUUUUAGUUAGUUAUUUGUUAUCUUUUUCACAAACAGCAAUUGAUUAUUUAGCGGUAACACCAGGAAACCUGUUACCACCAACAUUUUGGCUAUGGACAGCAUUUACAUUCUGUUUUUUAGAAGUACAUUUUUAUGAAGCAUUAGUUGAUAUUAUAACUGUAGGUUUAUGUGGUAAAUUAAUUGAACCAUUAUGGGGUCAAUUCGAGAUGUUAAUAUUUUUUGCGGUUGUUAAUUUUGGUGUUGCGAUUUUAAGUACAGUGUUUUAUUUGAUCUUGUAUAUGUGUACAUUUAAUACGGACUUGUUAUUUAACGUCCACAUACAUGGAUUGGCUGGAUAUAUUGCUGGUGUAUCCGUGGCGGUAAAACAAAUAAUGCCUGAUCAUGUUCUAUUCCGGAGUCCAAUUGGAAAAAUUAAGAAUAGAAAUAUUCCGUUAGCAUGUGGCAUGAUGUCAUUGAUUUUAUAUUUAGUGGGAUUGUUAGAAGGACGCUACCCCACAAUGUUUUUUAAUGGUUUGUUUGUGGGAUGGGUUUAUUUAAGAUUUUAUCAAAGACAUAAUAAUGGAUCCCGAGGUGAUAUGAACGAUAAUUUCUGUUUCGCCAGUUUCUUUCCAAAUGUCCUGCAACCACCGAUAGCAGUUGUCAGUAAUACCGUUUACAGUGCACUUGUACGCAUUGGGCUUUGCCGAAAAGUAGUUCGUCGAUAUGACAUGGCAAAUCCAACUGGAGUUACAGUUACACUUCCUGGAAUUGACCCACAUGAUAUGGAAAGACGAAGGCAAAUUGCAUUGAAAGCAUUAAGUGAAAGACUAUCAAGGACAGCUGAAGGACAUUCAAGUAAAGACAGGCAACCAUUAAUACCAAAAACAAAUCAAAAAAUAUUACAACCAAUUAUUCAACCCAAUUUGCAAGGAAAUCUCCCAAUUUCAGUACCUAAUAAAAAUAGUAUUGUAACACCAAGUCCAAAUACUGCAUUUGUUCCAAUUAUGCCAUCAACAAUACCUUCAUCUUUAUCGACACAACAACAAUCUACAUCAUCAGCGUCAACCUCAGCAGCACCUAGUUUAAAUAUAAACAUCGAACAAACGUGAUUUUUAAUUUAAUAAAAGUACUAAAAAAAUAAAUAACGCAAAUUUUUUUUGUAAAUUUGUAAAUCUAUAAGGACACUACUUAAUACUAAUUCAGGGUUAAUUGAUAAAUCCAAUCCCUUCUUGUUAAAAAAUGGAAAAUUUACGCGAAUAAAAUUUUUGAGAGCGUAAAUACAAAUUGAGUAAAAAAUUUAAUUUAUUUUAUGUUGGUAUUAAGUAUUUAUUUUUUUAUCAUAUACUUAAUACUCCUAAAUUGCUAGCACCCUUAAGUGGAAAUAUCAGACCGUAAGACACAGCAAAUGGCUGUUUCUAUCUCUGUCGAAAAUAUUCAAAUAAAUCAACAUAAUGCACAUUUAUGUAUAAGCUGUCAUAUACAAACUAAUGGUACAUGCGGACAUGCGUAUAAGGCUCGCCGUUUCGCGAGAAGGAUAAAUGGAUAUAUGUCUGCAUCGUAUGGGCUUCGCCCGGCUUCAGAUCCCUACCAGCAUUAUAGGAGUAUUAAAUAUAUGGUUAUUAUAUUUCAUCCAUCCAUUUAUGAAUUAAAAUGGUUUUCUGCUAAAGUCUUACUUAUUUUUGUCUCAUUCGCAUUUAAAUAUGAAAGUUUUUAAAUAAUCUCAACUUUUUCAAGUAAUCAUAAAAAUUUAAUAGGGCAUUAUUAUUAUACGGAAUAAAAAAUAACUAAAGUAUAACUAGGUUAAUAUAAAGUAUUAUACAGGAUCUCCAACUUCACACAAACAACGAAAUCCUUAAAUUUAUCACCAUUUUAUAAACUUAAUAAUGUUUAAAAAUUAAUAUGAAGGUGAUAAUUCUUUUUGCAUUAAAUUCUUUAAAAUUUGUCCUGUGAAGGCAGGAAGUCAAUAUUUUUUCGUACACCACUUUGGACCAUAAUAGAAUCAAUGAUGGAUUUUUUAACUUAUUGGAUUUGAUAGAAAAUUCUUUGCAAAAAACAAAUGAAUGCAGCACACCGAUAUAAAAUUAGCUAAACAUGGCUAACAUUUUACUAUUAUUCUGAAGAGACUCUUUUGCAAAGUGUUUACCAAUAGUUGAAUUUAAUUUUUAUAGUAAAAAUAAACAACAUCACAAUUAAUCCAAAUGAAUAAUACAGUCACGUAAUAGUAAAAUUUAUCGAAUUUAACCAAUAGUCAAUACUAGUUGGAUCAUUCUGCUGUUCUAUCUAGAAUACUUUUUUAACUUGUAGUUAUUCCAGUCGCGAGCAAACGCAUAAAGGCACUAAAAAGAUGUUCAGAACAUUCCCUUUUUUACCUGUAGAAUCGUUUUUUCAUAAUUUUAUUCGAAAUCAAAAUCGAUUCUACG